GACCCUGAAUCUCAUCAUUUCGCCGCCGACACUCGGACAACCGUGUCUGGGCCUCUGCGGAGAUUGACAAGUCUUAAAACACCACAACAUGCCUCACUUUCACUUGCCCCCUUAAGUUCUUCUCCAAACUCAUGAGAGCUCACAAACCGCCAUCAUGAUCGCUCCUUACUGCGCCUGGACCCGUGUCGGCUUGAGGCGCAUUCCGAACGCCCCUUCCCCUCGGAACAGCAAUCCCGGCACCUUCGAACGCGCACGCAACAACGUCCACCCCUCGAAUGUCGUCCGUAGACCGCAUGUCUCGAAGCCGAACACAGCAGGCAGAGUGGCGGAGAAUGCGCAGACGAUUCCUGGGCCAAGCUGGCUUUGGCUCCAACCCAUUGUCGGACCCUUCCGCGCAUACGGUCGCGUACAACAAAGGAGGCCAUACAGGACACAACUCAUAUCUUCGCUCGUCAUAUACUUCAUCGGCGACCUCGUUGCGCAAAGUAUUGCGCCCGAAGAAACUCAGAAAGUGGCAGAAAAUGCGGACGAGAAGGGCUGGGUUCAAGAAUGGAGCGACGGCCGUGACUGGGCUCGGACAGGGCGAGCGCUGGUAAUUGGAGGACUCAGCUCUAUCCCAUCGUACAAGUGGUUCAUGUGGCUGUCAAACAACUUCAACUACAGCUCCAAGAUACUGUCGCUCUCGACAAAGGUCUUCAUAAACCAGGCCUUCUUCACACCAUUAUUCAACUCCUACUUCUUCGGCAUGCAGUCGCUUCUAUCCGGCGCUACGAUACCCGAAAUUGUCGAACGCAUCAAGAACACAGUGCCAACAAGUUGGAUCAACAGCUGCAAAGUCUGGCCGAUGGUCACGGCAUUCAGUUUCACAUACAUCCCCAUAGAAUACAGAAGCAUAUUUGGUGGUGUCAUUGCCAUUGGGUGGCAGACAUACCUAAGCCUGCUAAACACAAGAGCCGCGGCAAAGGAGGGGAAGGAGAAUCUAGCGACACUCGACGCACCCGUAGUCGUCCGAACAAAUCACGCUAGAGUCGAGCAUGGGAUGUUCGGGCAGAAGUGCGCUGCGUAGACCACGGUUACUACGAAACCACCUCGGAAGUCCUGUUGCUUCGUGUUGCACAAGGCGGCCCACCAUACGACUAUUGUCGAAACAUUCGUUUGCUGAACCCACAGCGACCUCUAUUUCCUUUGUUUGA